UGAAGUAUAAAUGUUGCUACAGAAGUCGGGUUCCCUCAGAAUUGGUCUAGGCUCCCACCAAGAUGGCGAAAUUAACUAUAGUUUUAUUAGGUCUUACUGCGAUGGCGGUGCAAGGCGCGGUUAUUAAGUCGGAAGAUGUGCUAUUAAAUAGAAUAGCCCGUUCUCCAUGUGAAACAUGUGGAGAUGGAUUUCCUCGGCCACCUCCGCCACCAGGGCCUCCCCCACCGCCAUUCUUCCAUACACACAACUGGAGUGGUUACCAAAGAGGACGUGAUGGCCAGCCACGAGGGAUCUUCAGUGGGGCAGCUGCUACUGCGUAUGGCGGAUCACAGGAUGCUGGUCAAGCAUUUUCAUUAGCUUCUUCUGAUGCUGGCGGCGGCAAUGAUGAAUCAAACUCAGGACGUUUUAGUGGCCAGUCGUCGGGUACUGGUGGUUCUUCUGGAGGUUUUAGUGGACAACAGUCAGGUUAUGGUGGCCAAGUAGGAGGAUUUGAUGGCCAGUAUAGCAAGGCUGGUAGAUACAAAGAAAGUCAUUUCUCAAGUGGUAAUCAACAUUCUGGUGGAUUUUCUGGCAAUGGAGGUUUUGGCAGCGGUGGUCAACAACAGUCUCAAUCCGGUGGUUUUGGUGAUUCUGGAGCGCAGAGCUCAGCGCAAGCUGGAGCUCAAUCUUCGGGAGCAGGAGGAUAUGGCGGCCAAGGACAAUCUAAAUUCAGACAGGGUGGAAGCUAUAAAGAAAGCCAUUUCUCAAGUGGUGGAGGCAAUAAUCAACGAUCUAGUGCAUUUUCUGACAAUGGAGGUUUUGGCAGUGGCGGUCAACAGCAAUCCCAAUCUCGUGGUUUUGAUGGUUCUGGAGCGCAGAGCUCCUCUCAAGCCGAAUCAUUUGGAAAAGGAGUAGGUUCAGCACAUGGAGCAGGAUUUGGUCAAGGAGGUAGUUCCGCGCAAGGAGGAGGCUUUGGCCAAGGUGGACUUACUUCAGGCUCGAGUCACCAAGUAGGAGUUGGUGGUGGUGCAACUGGAGGUCUAGGAGGUGGUUCUGGAGGUGGAUAUAGUUCAAGAUAUGAAGCCGGUGGAUCAUUUGAAAACGGACACCAAUCUCAGGGUGGAUCAGGAUUUAACAGUCAAGGAUAUUCUGGUAGCCAGAAGAACCGGGAGUCGUACGGUGAUGCCCAGUCUGCGUUGUCUACUGCCCAGGGUCUAGCUUCCCAAGGAUUGCAAACAGAAGGGCAGGCUGGUUGCAGCACAUGUAGUGGAAAGAGCAACUACGCUCUUAGCAAUGCUAAAAGUAAAUCCGGAAACGCUAUUGCGGUGUCCGUUGGAGGAAAGUAAAUGCGAAUAUUUGUGCCAUAAUGAAUUAUCGAAAUUGAAAUAUUAUUUUUAUAACCUUUGUUAUUUAGAUUUUAAAUUGUGAGACUAUUGUACUUAAAUAUUGUUAUAUUAAUAAAGCAUCUAAAUAAUA